ACAAAAAGGGAUCGCACAAACUACUAGUUUAUUAAUUAUUUUCCUUGAAAAUACAUUUAAAACAAACAAAAUGGGAACGCAGAAACCUGGAGAAUGGGCUAAUUCGCUCAUUGCCCGAUUCGAAGACCAACUACCAUACAAAACUGGGGCUCAGAACCUCCAUUCUCGUAUAAAUGAAGAACAGUUAAUGAAAAACAGCAAAGCAUGUUUAGUUCAGAUAAGUCGGCAUCGCUUCUCUUUGGUGAUUGCUGGCUUAACAAAAAUAUUGCAGAGAGUCAAUGAAUUGUAUCAACCAACGACCACUACAUGCGUCAACCAGCCUCAAACGGAGCUGGAGAAGGGUUACCAUGAUAGUUUAGUAAUGGUCUUAGAUACACUAGAGAUAUGCCUCAGCUCUCAGCCCAAGUACAUGGCGAAGUACGAGGAAGUAAUGAACGUUAAGAUCUUAUUGCGAGAAGUUUGCCAAUUUAUUGAUCUUCGAAACGAGAGCAACGUCAACAGCACCCUCCUCAGGCAAUUAGCGAGUAAAGUACUCUUCGCUCUCAGUCUCAAUUUUUUCAAUGCAGUUUUCAAUAGGAUAAGCGCACGAUUACAGGAAUUAGCAUCUAGCUCAGAAGAAAACCCCGAAAAUUACACUGAUAUAGAGCUGAUACAGCACAUCAAUGUUGACAUAUUAAGGCUUAUACGGCUUUUGACAAAAUCUAUUCAAAAGUUUAAAUUGUUAAGAAAAUCAGCGCAUAUAGUACUCGUUGUGUCGCUAGAGAAAGCUGUCUGGAAUUGGAUGGACACAUACCCGCAGGAAUUCGCAGAAGUCCAAUGGCGGUCUAACGAUGAAUUAAGUAAAUGCUGCGACACACUCUUCGAGAUCCUACAAGAUAGUAUCUCGGACAACAAGAAGUCGAGGGUGGCGAUGUGGCCGCUGCAGAUUAUGUUAUUGAUUUUGAAUCCUAAAGUUCUGGAAGAAAUAGUGAACGCUGACAGCGGGGCGCCGUACAGUCCGCGACACACGAAGAAGAAGCACUUCAUAGACACUCUUAAGCGCGGACUUAGCCCCCAAAACAAUUCGAAGCAGAUGACAGAAGCUGCAAUAGUGACGUGCGUUAAGCUCUGCAAGGCCUCAACUUACGUGAAAAUAGCUGACUCGGGUAACGUUAUCUUCGUGCUCGUCAAAUCCGUCAUUAAUGACCUUAAGUCGCUGCUGUUCAACCCCGAGAAGCCGUACGCUCUCGGCGCGCCGUACCCCGGGUACUCGGAGCUGGACCUGCUGACGGACUGCUUCGUGUCGCUGUUCCGCAUCAUGCCGCACUCCAACGACACGCACAAAGUGUGCCUGAACCUCCUCACCAACAUCUCCUACCACUACCACUACGUCAUCGUCGACUCGCUACUCAGGAUAAUCAAACAGCCUCGAUUGCCGUGGUGGCCGCAAAUUGAGCUGCUCUACUCGAGAGCUGCGGAACUACGGGCAAUGUUUACGGACACGUUGAAUAAAGCAAAGCAGGCCUAUAAAGUCCAAACGUCAUUACGAAUGAUAUCAUUAUCACUAAAGUCUAAGGAAGUUCAAUCGAAAUUCAACAAGUCAGAAGAGAUGACAGCGUAUGGGAACCUGCUCCUACUGCUUGUGAAACUAGUUCACGCUGAUCCCAAGCUCAUGUUGAGUAAUCGCAGCCGUACGGGGAUAGAGAUCCAAUCGUCUACUAUGGAACUGAUCGACGGGCUCGUAUCACUUGUUCAUCACACCGGGAUGGAGGAGAUAUCCCAGGAGGCGAUGGACGCGCUGCUCGCCCUGCACAGGCCGGAUAGGGUGCACAUGUGGAACCCUGAAGCGCCGCUCGACACUUUCUGUGAUUUCAGCUCGCAAAUUCUGUACAACAUAAGUCAGAAGCUGAUCAAGCGAGAGAUCGGGAACUAUCGCGAAGUGCUGCGUUGGCUGCGCGACGUGUUGACAUGCCGGAACGAGUUCCUCGCCAAGCAGAAGGAGUACGCCAACGUCGGCUCACAGAUACCGAUAUGCAAACAGGCGCAUAUUGAGUUGGAGGUGGUGUUCUUCAUGUACCUGUGGUCCAUCGACACGGAGGCGGUGCUGGUGGCCAUGUCGUGCUUCGGCCUGCUGUGCCAGGAGGCCGACUCGCGUUGCGGCUCGGACGACGUGUCGGUGCACACGCUGCUGCCCAACUACGCCGUGUUCCAGGAGAUCGCGCACACUUCCACCGUGCUCACCACCGGUUCAGCAGCUCUUCAAAAACGUAUAAUGACAUUGCUGAGGAAGAUAGAACAUUGCGUGAACGGUGUUCGGCCUGUCUGGAAGGUGACGUUUGGACGUUGGUGGGACUCGGUGUGCAAGCUGCAGCAGAAGUACCCGAAGGGCGUGGCGGGCGACAAGCCGCCCGAGUCGCCGCACCACGCCGCCGCCGAGCGCCGCGUGGUGCCGCACAGCGACCACGACGGGGAGAUGCAAAUCCAGGAAUGGGCGAACAUGACCUCGUUCCUGUGCGCUCUCGGUGGAGUUUGUCUUAAAUGGAAGCCAGCCCCCGUGCGGUCUCAAUUGCACACUGACGGAAAGACGCCCCUAGAAGACGAGUACUGUCUGGUCACCCGAUUUAUUGGCCAGCUAUUAGGAUUACUACUCUGCAGUAACGAAGGCUUCCGCGCCCAAAUACAGAGUCACGUCAAGGAAUCGGUCGGCGACAAAAUGUCUCCGGCACUGUACCCGAUAGUAUUCGGUCAAAUAAAAGUAAUAAUCGACAAGUUCUUCGAUCAGCAACAACAGGUGAUGCUAACAGAUAUAAACACGCAAUUCGUCGAACAUACGAUAUUCAUAAUGAAAAGUAUAUUGGAUAAAAAGAAGAACGAUCAGCCCUGUGAACAUCUUAGCACUACAUCCAUCGAAGGAUUGAUGUUAGCCAUUGUUAGAUACGUCCGUCACCUAGACAUGACGGUGCUGUCCGUACAUAUCAAGACGAAGCUCUGCCAAGUCGUUGACGCAAUGAUGAGGCGGAGAGAUGACCUAGCUUUCAGACAGGAGAUGAAGUUCCGCAAUAAAAUGGUGGAGUACGUCACAGACUGGGUCCUCGGGGCCUCGCAUCAAAUCGCACUGCCCCUGAGGGCGGACGCUUCCUCCAUAACCAGGGAGCUGGACCAGGCCUGCAUGGAGGCCGUGGCGGCACUGCUUAAAGGUCUGCCGCUGCAGCCCCAGGAGUCCAACCGUGGAAAACUCAUGGAGGCCAAGAGCCAGCUCUUCUUGAAGUAUUUCACUCUAUUCAUGAACUUACUGAACGAUUGCAACGAGGUCGAGCUGACGGAGGGCCCGGGACGUUUGGACACCUUGAGGAACGCGACUAUCCAGGCCAUGUCCAACUUACUCUCCGCGAAUAUCGACUCCGGACUCAUGCAUAGUAUUGGUUUGGGUUACCAUCGCGAUUUACAAACGCGAGCUGCAUUCAUGGAAGUUUUGACGAAGAUCCUGCAGCAAGGCACAGAGUUCGACACCCUGGCAGAGACCGUUCUGGCGGACCGCUUCGAGCAGCUCGUUCAGCUCGUCACCACGAUAUCGGAUAAGGGUGAGCUGCCGAUCGCUAUGGCGCUGGCGAGCGUGGUGGGCUCCGCUCAGAUGGACGAGCUGGCGCGCGUGCUGGUGUCGCUGUUCGACGCCAAGCACCUGCUGGCGCCGCUGCUCUUGAACAUCUUCUACCGGGAGGUUGAGGUCUGUGCGGUCUCGGACUGCAUGCAAACGUUAUUCAGGGGGAAUUCGCUGGGCAGCAAAAUUAUGGCCUUCUGUUUCAAAAUAUACGACUACGGAUACCUCCAGAGCUUACUGGAGCCGCUUAUAACAGCGCUGCUGGACCAGGCGGAUUGGAACGCUAGCUUGAGCUUCGAAGUGGACCCCGCUAGGCUAGACCCGACCCACGACAUAGAAAUCAACAGGAACAAUCUCCGAAACCUGACACACGAGGUCUUCGAGAGUAUCAUCGGUUCCGCCGAUAAUUUCCCUUCGCAGCUGCGGAGCAUGUGUCAUUGCUUGUACCAGGUCCUAAGCAAGAGAUUCGUCCAGUUUCCGCAGAGAAGUGUGGGAGCGGUUGGUACCGUUUUAUUCUUACGGUACAUAAAUCCAGCCAUAGUGUCCCCUCAGGAGAUGGGAAUAGUGAAUCGACCCAUUCCACCUCACAUCAAGAGAGGGCUCAUGCUCAUGUCGAAGGUUCUGCAGAACAUCGCGAACCACAUGGAGUUCUCCAAGGAGCAACAUAUGUUGCCCUUCAACGAUUUCCUGAGGGAACACUUUGAAGCUGGACGCAAGUUCUUCAUAGAAAUAGCAUCGGACCGCGAGACUGUGGACCAGACCUCGCACAACCCAUCCUUCAUCAGCGACGUCAACGUGGUGGCGCUGCAUCGCCUGCUGUGGAACCACCAGGAGAAGAUCGGAGACUACCUGUCCUGCAGCCGUGACCACAACGACGUCGGGCGGCGACCCUUCGACAAGAUGGCAACACUUCUCGCCUAUCUGGGACCACCUGAACAUAUGUCUGUGGAAUCCACUUCAAGUCUUCUGUUCUCGUCGUACGCGCGCUGGUCUUCCAUUGACAUGUCGUCACCGAUUUUCGAGGAGCUUAUAUUCAAGCACAAUAUGCACCAGAAAGAAGAAUAUAAGAGCAUAAAGAGUUUAAAUAUCUUCUACCAGGCCGGCACCAGCAAGAUCGGUAACCCGGUCUUCUAUUUCAUUUCUAGGAGAUACAAGAUUGGUGAAAUAAAUGCUAACUUGCUCAUAUACCACGUGAUUAUAACCCUGAAGCCGUUCUGCCAGAAACCGUUCGAGUUGAUCGUCGACUUCACACACACGAACUCGGAUAACCGGUUCAGGACGAAGUUCCUGCAGAAGUGGUUCAGCGUGCUCCCCGAGGUGGCGUACUCUAGCGCGCACGCGUGCUACAUCUACAACUGCAACAGCUAUGUGCGGGAGUACACCAAGUUCCACGAGUCCAUUCUGGCGCCGCUCAGGGGCAAUAGAAAGCUCAUAUUCAUAGAUAACAUCAGUCGCCUCAGCGAUUACGUUGAUCCGGAACAGCAGAUGUUACCAGGAACGACUUUGGCCUUGGGAGGACAUCUAACGGUCUUCAAGAAUGUUUUGAAAUUGUCGCACAAAGACACCAAAGUUACCAUAAAGGUGGGAAAAACGGCUCUUCAAAUAACGUCAGUCGAGAAGUCGAAAGUGUUGGGUUUGCCAGUUCUCUUGAACGACGUUUACUACGUUUCGGAGAUUGACGAGGUGUGUCUCGUGAACGACAAACAGUUCUCGCUGUCCAUCAUCAACGAGUCGACCCCUCUGAGCUUCAUCCACGACGACUGUAAGAACAUCGUGCAAUCCAUCAUAUAUAUCCGGCUCAGAUGGGAGCUGACACAGCCUGACUCGGUGACGGACCACCAGAAGAUCCGGCCCAAGAACGUCCCUGGCACGCUGCUGAACAUGGCGCUGCUGAACCUCGGCUCCAGCGACCUCACGCUGCGGACGGCCGCCUACAACCAGCUGUGCGCGCUCACCGAUACCUUCCACCUCAAGAUCGAGGGGCUGCUGCUGGAGACCUCGGGACUCUGCAUUCCUUCCAACAACACGAUCUUCAUAAAGACGGUCAGCGAGAAACUCGCUCACAACGAACCGCACCUGACCCUCGAGUUCCUGGAGGAAUGUAUACAGGGUUUCCGAGUAUCGACCAUUGAGCUGAAACAUUUGUGCCUAGAAUACAUGACGCCUUGGUUGCCUAACUUAGUCAGAUUUUGCAAGCUGCCCGAUCAAAAGCAAGUUGGCCAAAUUUUAGAAAAACUGAUCACUCUAACCAUUGAGGAGACGGAAAUGUUCCCCUCGGUGCAGGCUAAGAUUUGGGGCACCAUCGGCCAGGUGCCCGAACUGAUCGAUAUGGUGCUGGACAGCUUCAUAGAGCGAAGCGUCAACUAUGGUCUCGGAUCUCCAAUGGUCGAGAUAAUGGCGGAUACGGCGGUAGCCUUGGCCUCCGCGAACGUUCAGCUCGUAUCUAAGAAAGUUAUCGACAGACUGUAUAGUGCUCUGUCCAAACUACUAAACAAUACACUUAGUCCUGAGAACGCAGACACAGCUGUAGAUAAGACUUGCCUCUCGGCGAAGGCGAUGCUGGAACAACAUAUGAUGUGGGUUGAUAUUGCCAUCCUCGCUAGAUACUUGAUGAUGAUGUCCUUCAACAACUGCCUGGACGUGGCGAGCCACCUGCCGUACCUGUUCCACAUGGUGACGUUCCUCGUGUGCUCGGGCACCGUGUCCAUGCGCACCUCCAUGCACGGGCUCGUCAUCAACAUUAUACACUCGCUCUGCACCUGCAACUCGCCCAGCUUCUCGGAGGAGACGCGGCGAGUCUUAAUGUUAUCAUUGGACGAGUUCGCUUUGCCGAAAUUCUACCAAAUGUUCGGUAUAUCUAAAGUGAAGUCAGCUGCCUUGACCGCGUUCAGAAGUCCCUACAAGAGACACACUGCAGAUUGGUACUCAGAGCAUUCGUACACUUGCUCGGAAUUGAGUUGCGGAGCGCCUUCAGCAUCCGGGGGUCUAGUGGGUGCCCUCACAGUGGCUCAGCCGGGCGGCUCGCAGUCUGACCGCGAACGUCUUCCACUACAGUCGUUGGAGGUCAUCACAGACGCGUUACUCGAGAUCAUGGAGACGUGUAUGAAGGAUAUACCGAACUGUGACUGGUUGAACACGUGGACAUUUUUAGCGAACAAAUAUAUAUUUAGCAUCAACCCGGCGUAUCAGCCGCGUGCGUUGAUCGUGUUCGGAUGUAUCAGUAAGAACGUAACAGAUGACGAUAUGAAGCAACUCCUGCGCAUACUCGUGAUGGCAUUGAACUCGUUCAACGAUCUGGCGCUGCUGGAGGCCAUCAUCAUGUGCCUAACGAGACUGCAGCCACUGUUACACCCAGAAUCACCAAUCCUCAAAGCGUUGUUCUGGGUGGCGUUAUCCGUUCUACAGUUGGACGACCCGACGCUAUACGCGGCCGGUCUCGCCCUGAUGGAACAGAAUUUACACACCCUGGACUCGCAAGGAGCUUUUGAUAAUAAAACAUUGGAGGAUGUAUUGAUGGAAACACGGGAGCCCUUCGAAGAGUACUUCAAGCUGCUCGAUGACGCCGUCGGACUGAGCUUCUGCUCCAACUUCCACUUCGCGCUGGUGGGCCACCUCAUCAAGGGGUUCCGCCACCCGGCGGGCGGCACGGUGUCGCGCACGUGCUGCGUGCUGUCCGCGCUGCUCGCCCUCGCCGCGCGCCCCGCCCACGACAAGUUCCAGCCCACCACGCGCACCGUCGCCUACCUCACGGCGUUGGUAUGCGUCAGCGAGGAGGUCCGGUCACGGUGUCACGUCAAGCACUCGUUGCCGAAAUGGUUGCCGGAUAAUUGCGACCACUACUGUCCCCCCGUUGAACACCGUCGGUCUUCAAUGCUAAUACAGCCACAGUCCUCCCACACCUCGUGUCACGGGCGAAGGCAGAAGUCCUGUGACGUGCUGGACCAGACUACGUCUUCAGUACACGGGGGGAAAUCCCCGUCCCCUCAGCCGUCGAGCAGCGGCGGUCACAGCCCGCACUUACUUUAUAUUGCAUAUCAGCCGGUAGACGAUGACGGUCGUGUUUCUCCCGGCAGCACGGACGAGAUUGAACGCCCUUCGUCCACCAAGUCUGGCGCUAGCGAUUGCCCGGAUGCCGCUACGAAGCAAUCAUCUGAAGACAAAGAGUCUAGCAGUCCGGAAUGCAACUCGCUGCUGGACCCGUCCGUGCUCUGCGACUUCACCACGCAGGCGCUCGUCUUGACCGUUCUCGCCACACUGGUUAAAUAUACCACAGAUGAAGAUGAAAUAAGGAUACUCUACCAGUACCUGGCGGACGGUUCAGUGGUGUUCCCGAAAGUGUUUCCCGUCAUCCACAGUCUCCUGGAUAUGAAGAUCAACAAUGUUCUAAUGCAUUGCCACGAUCAAGUGAUUCUGAGCGCGGUACAGAGCAUCAUACAGAAUAUGAUAGCGUCGGAGGACGCGAGUCAGCAGCAGCUGCACUACAUGCAGAGUCGCGGCUUCGGAGGCCUCUGGAGGUUCGCGGCGCCCUUCACCAAGAACCAGUGCACGGCGGUGAACAGCGCGUUCGUGUACUACCUGGUGACGAUGGUGGAAAAAUAUCUCCCGGGUGACGACUGCGUGCGGCAACCGUCCCCCGACCCCGACCGAUCCGAUCGAAUCGACCGACCCGAGCGCCCCGAGCGACUCGACCUGCACGACCUCGACCAGCGGUUUCCGGGGUAAUCGCCAACCUACAAUAUUCUGUCCAGAUCGAGAGUCGUAGUUUAAUAAUGACGCGUUGGCAAUUGUAGAAAAAACUGCAAACGAAAAUUAAUAAUAUCAAGCCCAUACCUUUAAAAAAAAUGGUGCAAAUAUCCACAAACGUAAAAAACAAUGAAUCGAGAAACGGAACACAGCGUUCUGUGCCCUAUUGCUAAAAGGCCUAAAGUAUAUUUUUGAUUCAAAUGUAAAUAUCAUAUGCUAAAUCGUUUAAAUAUAAUAAAAUUAAUUUGCAACACGGCAUAAAGAUCAUAUUGCUCAUACCAACAGUACUACAACAGUACUACACAAAAGGGUUAUGUUAUAUUGAACAAAGAACAUCUAAUCCUCGUUUCUAUUUAUAUAACAAAAGAAAAGGUUAUUGAUAUAGGCCCUUCUAGCACCGGGACACAGCGUUAUAUAUAAUAAUAAUUAAUAAUGUAUUAGUCAAUUACUAAAUUUACGCGCAAAAUGUAUUUAAGACCGAUAUAACUACAGUAAAUAUACAGUAGCACUUCUCCAAGUCGAACUUGAACGGAGAUGUCCAAAAAUUUAGGGCUUCAAGGAAAGUAAACACAACAUUUCGACUUAACGAGGUUCAACUUAAAGAGGUGCUACGAUAUAUAUCAAUGUUGCUAGCAAUAAAAAAUAUGCCAUAUUAUACCAUGACAUGAAUAUAUCUAUAUAUAUUUGUACUUAUUAUAUUAGAAUUUAAUUAUUUUAAAUGAAUUAAUAAUACUAUAUUUUAAUCAUGAUAUGUACCUAACUAGCGCACAAAUUUUUUAAUUAAUAUAUAAGCAGCUAUACUUCUAUGCUAAGGCUGUUCUGUAAGAACGAACUCGGACAUCGCAAACGGUCGUGUAAUGUCGGAAAGUGAUACGCGAUAUUGACCGUUAUAAUCAUAACAGUACAAGGACACACGCGUCAAAAUAGUGUAUCACUACAAGUCGGUUGUCAACAUUUCACGGGGGAAUGAAGUUUGUUCUUACUGAAUAGCACUGCAAGCGGAAUAUCGUUGAACCGUCAUAACUUGUCUCUGUCACUCUCGUAUGAACAUAUUGGCAUCUCAUUCGCACGCGUGUUGAACGUCAUUAAAGAUUUCAAUAUAUAUAAUUUAUCGUCACUUUCAUGUGUACGUGUUCUUUGGUCUUCAAUUAUCGCUAUGACAAACAUCAUAAAUAGAUUGGCGGUAGGUUUUAAUAAUGUUUAUAUACCUAAAGUCUUCUAUUUGUAUUUUAUAAGCGUUAUGUAUUAAAUCCUAUACGGCCUAUGUCCAGUAGUGGACGAGAAUGAGAUGACCAUGUAUAAAAAAUUAUAGAUAUAAGUCACACACUUAAACGUAUGUAUGUAUGUAUAUAUAAUCAUUGACAGGAAGAGAUAUUUCUCUUCAUAAACAAACCAUAUAUUUACAUAUUACAUGCGUUUUGCUAACAGCUCUUAUACACUAUGUACCACAAACAGUUCGCGAUUAACUUACAUUUAUAUCUUAAUACAACUCUACCUGUAAAUCGUACUUGAAGGGAGACGUCAAAAAAUUCAAGUUAUAGAGUUUUCGACUAUCUUAAUACGAAUAAGCACACAAAACACUAUCCCCGUAUUCUAAGCCCUUAAAUGGGCUCCCAACAUCCGGCUGAGUAUCUUAAAGACUCGCCCCCCGCCCGGUGACGCUGUCGAGGCCCUUUGGGCCAACAGCAACAAGUCAAUUCGAAAAAAAAAACACUUCCAAUUUCAAGUUCAACUAGUUCCGUUCAAAACUUCAUCGACAUUCCAAAUGAUUUCCAAAUGAUUCGGGAAUCCAUAAUGAUUCAAUACAAUUUAAUUGAUUAUUUAUAUCUCGACCAAUGACGUCAUGCCGACUCAAGGUCAAUAGUUGUUUGUUUGUCUGUCACUCUGACGUCAUAUAUAUUAUUGUUUUUAUGCUGGAUGAAGUAAAUUUAUUUUUAUAUAUAUCGGCCGUGUGAACAGGCGUUAAAGUAAGUGUCCUGUGCUCCUGCUUCUGAACUGCUUGAGCUGGUCAUGUUAUAUGCGAUCACGUCGGGGUUCACCAAGGGGGUCACUAAUUAUACCUUCCUUACCUUAAACUUCAAUUAAAUCCGACGUCCGAUUAACACCUGGGUCACAGAGCGCCUGAAUAUAAUUACACAUGUGUGCACACGGCACAUAUACAUUUCUAUAAACACAAAAUCUAGACAAGCAUCCAUACAUCGAUAUAUAUUUUGUCCAAAACACUUAGGUGCACUUAGGUUUUGUUUUCUUUUAAAUCACAGGACAUAGUAUAAGGAGCAUAUUUUAAGUAGUUGAAUACAGACGCGGGUUACUAUGUAAACAGAUUCAUGUAACGCUUAAUUAUUUACUUAUAUUAUAGUGUAAUAUUAAGCUUUGUGUGCCAUAUUUAUAGUUAUAGUUUGUGGAAUACAUAUAUAUGUAAAUAAGCAAGUUUAGUAUAUAUAUUUACGAAUUUUUUUUCAUUGGAUAAAUGCAUUUACGCGUUUCCCCCAUAUGAAGGGGGGGUAUGUGGGACUGAAGGUACUCUUUACAGGGAAAUAUUCUAUAUAUAAGAUUUUUUUGUAGUUAAAAUGAAUUAAAAUUGUAUGCCAUGAUUAUAUGGCUUGAGUACGUUAUGUAGCCUAUUAUCCGGCUUCAGAAAGAAUGCGUUCGUGACAGGUCACGGAUCGAAUGGACGAACUUUGAAGAGGCGAAGCAUUUCUGAGAUAAAUGUUACCACCGAUAUUAUUAGACCACUAACAAAUAAUAUUGUACUUAUUUACUAGGUGGUAGGGAUUUUUGCAAGCUCGCCUGGGUAGGUAUUUUUGUUAUAGAUAGGAGGACGGGAAAACGGGUCAAUCGAUGGUAAGUGGUCACCACCGUCCACCACCGUCGUUGAUAUUUGCUAUUUAAGAAAUAUUAAACAUUCCUUACAUCGCCAAUGCUCUACUAGGUUUGGAAACUAAGCCGUUAUUUCCUUUGUCCCUGUAGUUACACUGGCUUACUCACCUUUGAAAUUGGAACGCAACAACACUUAUCGUUUUGUUUGGUGGUACCACCCACCAUCACAUCAUCACAUAUUCUUCCGCAAAACUGCAGUAUUUUGUUCCCAAGAUUGACGGUGCAUUGACGUUGUAAGGGAUGCUUAAUAUUUUAUACAAUGCCAAUGGGCGGUGGUGAUCUCUUACCUCCAGAUCAUCAUCUAUAAAAAAAAAUCAUUUCAAAAUGUAGCAACUUAGACUAGACGUUAUAAUUUUGUUGCUUUUAAAUCAAAUUUGCGAUGUUGCAAGCUUAUGUCAACUGUCUAUUGUAAUGCAUUCAAGGUUACCAACUGACAAACGUCAUGAACGCAUUCUUUCAACGGACGGACGUGAUUUAAUUUUUAUAUCCUAAUGCCAAAUGAACAUUAGGCGAGCGUUCACAGCUAUUGUAAAGCCAGCCAGACUGUGAGCGAGCAUUACGUCGAUACUAUUAAAUUUUUCGUUCACGCCAAACGAUAUAACACAACUACGCUGUGUGCAGUCACUGCUUUGUCUACUGUGGUACUACGCCAUUACGCCGCGGACUCUGAUUGGCUAGCAGAACCGCUCGUCAAAAAGCCGAUCAGCUAACGCUGUGUGAGUGCAAUGUCUCCAUAUCUUAUUCCAAUCGGAGUAGGAGCAAAGGUAAACAAACGUAGAUUUACAAAUUGCAUGUGAUUUUCUAAUAGUUCUGCUGUAUUACUCACUACAAACAGUUCUUGAUUUUUAUUUUUUUUAUAUAGUUGAAAUGGAAUAGGCGUUUGUCUUCCAUCUCAUCUGAUGGAAAGUGUAGAUGAAGACGAAGAUGGUACACAUACACACACAGAUGGUAUGGAUGGGCAUCCAAAAGAAACCUGUUCACUCUACUCUUAAAGGCUCCAGAGUUCAACUUAUUAGGAAAAAUAGACCCAGGCAGGUCGUUCCAAAUCUUGGCGACUUUCACCAAAAACGAGCUGUCAAACCGACUUUUGGGUAUGUCAACAACGUAUGAAUGAAACUUUUGCCUGCGCCUAGUAGUCCGAUAAAGGAAUGGAGAUGGCUCAAUCAGUUCGAAAAGAGCCUUCGAGCACUCUCCAAAGUGUAUCCUAUAAAAAACCGAUAAGCUGGCAACUCGACGACGAUGCUCAAGGCUGUGUAGUCUGCUGUUUGAGAGCUUUUCGUUGUUAAUUAACCUACGGGCUCUUCGGUCAACUGAGGUCUUGAUUAGUUUACCUUUAUUUAUAAAACAACACUAUUCCACUUAACUAGUUAUAAACACAUUAAUUUAACUUUCGAAUUUCCGAUUACAACUUCGCGGACAUUGAAAACGCCAUUUUUCGCGAAUCCAUAGUGAAUAUCAUAGAUUAUUGGAGAUCUCGACCAAUGAUGUCGGUGUCAAAGUUGUUUAUUUGGGUUUAUUCCUCUGGUGGUUGAAAUAGGCUGUACUUUCACACUAGAGGCUCAAAGUGGUCCAGCUGACUUUACGUUUCAUGUGUACGCUUCCUAAGUGUUGCUGUUUAUCGAAUAAUGGUCGACAACAUUCGAAAAUUUAGUUUUAUAUCGAUCAAUCGUUAACACGAUUUUGUCGCUGACACGUCACGUUUUAACAGCAUCAAUGAAUAAUUAUAUUUUUAUAUUAUAUGACAUUAAAUUAAACGAAGCUUUAAUAAUAGUUAUGUCAGGUGCUAGUUUUUUUUACUUAUUCAUUCGCUUUUACGUUCAACGCGAUUUGUGUGGAAUUCUGAUUAUUGUUACUAGAUGGCGCUGUUUUUAUUCCAUACAAAUCGCGAUAUUAAAAUUAAAUAAGUAAAAAAAGGCUAGCACACACAUCAUUUAAUUUUCAAUAUUUUGUAAAUUGUCUUUGUAAAAUUUUUACUUUUAAAACUCUUAGCGAUUAAGACGUUGUUAUUUUAAAUGGUUAUUUACUUAAAUUUUUUUUAGUUACAUAGAAAUAUUAAUUAUACAUAAAUACAUAGAAUUUAUUACUCGAUGCAUUUAAAAUAGCUGUUCAUUUCUUUUCAACGCGUGGCAAUAGAGAAAAGGUUUAAAAAUGGCGGAAUGUACUUCUGUAUCAC